CUCAUAAAGCUGCGUCAAAGGGAUUAACUUUUUUAUUGAUGACAAUAGAAAAAAAAUUUGGAAUUCAUGCUUUCAAUUGCUUAAACAAAAAUAAUAUCACAACAGCCAUUUUACUGCGUUUUUUUUAAUCACUUUUAUAAAAUGCCGUUGUCUUUACGGUCAGAACAUGUAUUACCAGAACCUGAUAUGAUUGCUUCUUUUUUCUUAAAGAUUUUAAUGGAUUUUAAACCCUUUGUCUUUCCGAAAUAUUCUGUGGAAAGAAAAUGCAAUUAUAGAAUUAGAAAUUUCAGAAACAUCCGUGACAUGGGUAUUUGUGGAUUAAAACUGGAGAAAGAAUUUUUAAGUUUACUGCAACAGUAUGUUCGAAUAUCGGGAGUCAAAUCUAAAAAUGACGUUGCAAAAAAGUUGAGUAAAUCUCACUGGCAAUCUAAAUGCGAUGCUGAUACAUGUUCAAACGAGUUUGUCAAUGUUCUAGCUAGAAUAAGAGAGUUGAAUAAAAACCCUAAGGAUUAUUUAGAUUUGAGCUGUAAUAUUUAUGAUAAGACUUUAAAACUUUUAAAGGCUAAUAAAUGUUUGAAUAAAUCUUUAUCUCUGAACAUAUCCAAGGUCACUAGCAUUAAUUGUUGCAAAUUGAUAUCUUCCAUUGCACGUCUGGAAAAAAUACUCAAAUACUCCUAUUCUAUCAUAAAAAACAAAAAAAUGCUUUUACUUUUUUCAUUAUACCAGAAUCAGCUCAACGUACCUUUUGAGCAUAGUGUGUUACCGAUUAAUGACAACUGGGUUAAAUAUCGAGAGUUUUUUAUUGUUUUUGCUCAAAAAAUGCUUAAUUUAAAACCAGAAUUUCAUAUGCAAAAAAAAUAUGACUUUUGGAACUGGUUCAAAUCUUGCAAAAACUGUAAUGCUAAGAAAAUGAUAAGACAAAUAAGUGUUUCUACUGUAAGAGAAAUACAGCAGUGGAAAGGCUCUCCUACAAACUUUUUUUCGCCAUUUAGCAAAAAUCCAGCGUUUACGCUUACAUCAGAAGAGACCAAAAUGCCUCUGAAUCAAUACUACUCGCAAAAAGAUGAGAAAGACAUUUUAGAUUAA